AUGGAGGAUGACAGCCUGUCCGUGCUGGCCAGGCCCGCGGCCACACCGCCAUCCCACCAGCAGCCGCCCCGAGAGCCUCGGCAGUGCCCGACAGGGCUGUGCGGGAGCGCGGCAACACCCCCGGCUCCAGCACACCCACUUUUUGAGGAAUUAACGGACUUUUAUACCCAUCUGGUCCACAACGUCUCCCUAUUGCCUGUACUUUCCCCAUUGCUCCGCAUGUCCACGGGCACCCGGAUCCUCUACACGCUCCUGCACGUCCUGGCCUCUGCCGUGUGCUGCCUCAUGCUGUCCCGCACUGUGGCCCAGGCUGUCAGGGAGAAGGUGAUGGUGCCCUUCUCGGCAGUGCUGUGCAAACACCUGCCUGGGGGCGCGGACUGCGAGCGGCUGGUGGGCUCCUCAGCCGUGUACCGGGUCUGCUUCGGCACUGCCUGCUUCCACCUGGUGCAGGCUGCCCUGCUCCUCAACGUGCGCUCCAGCACUGACUGCCGCGCUCAGCUCCACAACAGGGGAGUGCUCUACAAGGGGCAGAACCUCACCGUCUGCUUCCCAGGCGUCCGGCAGGAUGAGCUGCAGACGGAGGACACCACCAUCGCCAUCUUGGGGGCCGCCAUCAUGUACGCCUGCGUGCUUUUUGCAUGCUAUGAGAAUGCGGUGCUGGAGACCACCUUCACACACGGCAGCUGGUCGACCUUCUGGGUGAAGGUAUCGUCCUGCUGGGCCUGCGUCGUGCUCUACCUGUGGCUGCUGCUGAGCCCCCUCUGCCUCCACAACUCUCCCCAGCACCGGCGCAGCAGUCCGGCCCUGCGCAUCCUGCGGCGACGACGUGCCCAGCAGCGCAUCAGUGUCUCCAUGUAG